ACAACUUUUGAUUUCAGUUAACACCAUGGCAAACACAGUGCUAUCGUCUCUAGUUAUGAUAGCUUUAUUACAUUUAUGUGGCGGUUACAAGAUUUUAGUAGUUUUCCCGUUAGCUAGUAAGAGUCACAAUAUACUUGGGACUGGCUAUGUCAAACAUCUGUUGGAUGCUGGAUAUGAGGUAACUUAUGCAACCCCAUUCCCGACUAACAAAACGACGAAUAAGUAUCAUGAAGUUGAUCUUAGCAAACAUGUAGAGUACUUCGACAAAAAAGUUGGCAAACUGAUAAAUUUAAAGGCUAUCCUCAACAAAGAAACAAACCCCCAAGUACUAGGCAUGUUAACCCAGUUCGUUGAGAUGAUGUGGUCCAUGUUAGAAAUUAAAAACCUCGUGGAUUUCCUCGGCGACACUACGCAGGAGUUUGAUGCUGUUAUUGUAGAGUGGCUUUUCACCGAUGCUUUUGCCGGAUUCGCUACUGUAUACAAUUGCCCGUUGAUCUGGUUCGUGUCCACCGAACCCCACUGGAUGGUCCUGAAGCUGGUCCAUGAGGUCUCAAACCCAGCAUUCAACCCGAGCAUCAUGUCCACAUCGUCACCACCGUUCUCUUUCGUUGAGCGAGCUACCAGCUUGAUAGGCGUGUUUAUGUUUUCAGCCCUCAAAUACUUCUACCUUGGUCCUGCUGAAAAAACAAUAUACGAAGAAUAUUUUGGUCCAUUCGUUCAAAUGAGGGGAAGAUCGCUGCCAGACUAUGAAGAAGUUCUACACAACGGUUCUUUGCUCAUAACUAACUCUCACUCUUCGCUGAGCCAGCCCGUGAGCGUGCCUCCGAACACCAAGGAAAUUUCCGGAUACCAUAUUGAUUCUAACCCUAAACCUUUACCCGCAGAUCUACAAAAACUUAUGGAUGAAGCUAAGCACGGCGUCAUCUACUUCAGCAUGGGAAGCAAUGCCAAGAGCAAAGAUUUUCCCGACGAACUAAAACAAGAUUUUCUGAAAAUGUUCGGUAGUUUGAAACAAACUGUACUCUGGAAGUUCGAAGAACAGCUUCCCAAUCUGCCUAAAAAUGCCCACAUUUUGCAAUGGGCGCCGCAACACAGUAUCCUUGCCCAUCCGAACUUGCGUGUCUUCAUUACGCACGGCGGUCUUCUGUCUACUACUGAAACAGUUUUCUUCGGGGUCCCAGCAGUAGUGAUGCCGUAUGGACUCGACCAACACCUCAAUGCAGAGAGGGCUGUUAACAAAGGCUUUGCACUGAAAGUCGACCUCUCUUACGAGAUGGCUGGCCACAUGAAGCUAGCCAUAGAGGAAAUUCUGAGUAACCCCAAGUACACCGAAAGAGUGAAGCAGCUAUCGCAGAUAUACCACGACCGUCCAGUCUCCCCAGGCAAGGAGCUGGUGCACUGGGUGGAGCACGUGGUGCGCACGCGCGGCGCGCCGCAUCUGCGCUCUCCCGCGCUGCUGCUGCCCUGGUACCAGAAGAUAUACCUCGACCUUCUAGCAGCAGUUUUACUAGCGCUGUUUAUGCUUAAAUUAAUAUUGAAGAAGUUGUGGGGUAUAGGAAAAUAUGCUUUAAUAAAAAUAGGAUUAGUGAAAUCGCCCGUUGUUAAAAACAAGAAAAAAACUAAUACGAUGCCUCGAAUUCAACGAUACUUAUCUGCGCUACUUCUGAUGGCCUGUGCUUGCGAUGGCUACAGGAUCCUGAUCAUGUUCCCGUCUCCGGGCAAGAGCCAUAGCAUCCUCGCCCAGGGCUAUGUCCGUCAUCUCACUAGGGCUGGACAUGAGGUAACGCUUGUCACAUCAUUCCCUUCAAACAGCACAAACCCCAAGUUGCGUGAAAUUGACGCCAGUGACAACUUGGUAACCGUUAAAGGGCGUGCAUUGAAAUUAGGAAGAAUCAUGAAGAAAGAGUAUGACAUAACAGACCAAAGCCUAACAAUAAGUUACUAUGGAAAUGUCGCUCAGAUGUCGCUGAGGAACAAGAAUGUACAACAAGUAUUAAUGGACGACAACGAGCACUUUGAUGUGGUUAUUGCGGAGUGGCUUUUUGAUGAACUUUAUAGUGGGUUGGGUACCGUAUUCAAUUGCCCUUUAAUCUGGGCGUCCACGUUUGAUCCGCAUUGGCUCAUACUACGCCUGAUCGACCAGCCUAGCAACCCCGCGUACGUUGCUAACUGCAAGUCUCUCAACGUGCCACCCUUUACGCUGGUGCAGCGGGUGGAAGAGCUGUGGGCUUUCAUUCGGGUGGCUUUUGCGAAGUUCUUCUACUUCGAUCCAAUCGCAGAAAAAGCCUACAAGGAUAUUUAUGGGCCAGUGUUGGCAAAGAGAGGUAGGCCUCUGCCGUCAUAUGACGAUGUGUUGUACAAUGCGUCGCUCGUCCUGGCAGACUCCCACGCGUCGCUGGGGCAGGCCACUAGUCUUCCACAGAAUUAUAAAAUUGUUGGAGGCUACCACGUGGAAACAGAGGUUAAGCCGUUAUCUCAGGAAUUACAAACGAUUAUGGACAACGCAGAACACGGAGUCGUAUAUUUCAGCAUGGGAAGUAAGCUGAAAAGCACAGAUAUGCCGGAAGAGCUAAAAAAGCGCCUGCUUAAAAUGUUCGGCGUUCUAAAAUACACGGUUCUAUGGAAGUAUGAAGAAAUCCUGUCAGAUAUACCUGAAAACGUUCACAUUUUGAAAUGGGCUCCUCAACAAAGCAUUCUGGCACACCCUAACUGCACCCUUUUCAUAACACACGGAGGAUUACUGUCUACCACAGAAUCUGUUCACUUCGGCAAGCCCAUCAUCGCUAUACCAGUGUUCGGAGAUCAAUAUAUCAACAGUAAGAGCGCCGCGCACAAAGGAUUCGCCAAGGUGGUCGAAUUGGGCUACGAUUUAGAUAAGGACUUGAAGGAAGCCAUUGACGAGGUCACCAGUAAUACCAGGUACAGUGAACGAGCAAAAGAAUUAUCAUUAAUUUACCACGACCGUCCAGUGUCCCCAGGCAAGGAGCUAGUGCACUGGGUGGAGCACGUGGUGCGCACGCGCGGCGCGCCGCAUCUGCGCUCCCCCGCGCUGCUGCUGCCCUGGUACCAGAAGAUGUACUUAGACGCAUUAGCACUGAUGAUGGCGGCUGUGGCUGCUGUCAUUUAUUUGAUUGGGAAGCUAUGCCGUUUACGCAAGUCGAUUGUUACUAAAGAAAAGUAUUUAUAG